UGUGACAAAAUAAAUGGAUAACAACAUUACCAUUGAGCCAAGUCCUCGUGGCAAAGGGCGAAAGAGAAUAGCAAAUAAGCAAGAGUGGAAGCGUGAAAAAGCCAAGACAAAGAGGUAUUCUCGGCAACAUCUACCUGAAUUCCCCACUUGUAGGCAUAGAACAAAAACAAUGCAAUGUUGUUUAUUAACUAUGACUGAAAUAAGGAAAUUCAAUGAGGGUUUUUACCAGAAGAAAAACAAAUUGUUUCAAGAUAUGUUUGUAUUGAAGCAUUGCGUCACAAGUAAGCCGAAAAGGCCGGGUACCAAAAUUAAAGAAAAUGUUCGUAAUAAACCAAAAACAAAGGCGAUCAGUGUCAAGUACAACAUUAAAACUUCCAAAGGGACAAUUCCUGUGUGCAAAAAAACAUUUGUGGCUAUACUAGGUAUUGAAAAAACCGACUUGAAAGAAUACUUAGCAGAUAUCACCAGACCGGAGGUUUACCAGCAGAAAACAGAGGAGGUGAUAAAAGCUGCUAAAAGACAAGCUAUAAAGAAUUUCAUCGAGGGAUUAAAUUGCUGCGAAACCCAUUAUGCAGGUAAUAAAACAAUUAUUAGGCGAUACUUACCAUGUGAGCUGAAUAUUGUCAAAUUAUGGAAGAUGUACAAUGACCGAAUGGAUGAAACCCUAAAAGUUAACCAGUGUUUUUUCAGAAACAUUUUUGUACGACAAUACAAUAUUGGCUUUGGAUCUCCGAAGGUUGAUGUAUGUUCAAAAUGCCUGCAGUUUUCAGAAAAACUAAGAAAAAUUACCGACCCUCAAGAAAAAAUAACGGCAUAAUGCAUUUUAUGACUUGCUAAGAGAAAAUGAUCCCAAAACUGCAAUUUUUUCCUUUGACUGUCAGAAAAACUUACCACUGCCAAAAAUUUCAGAUCAAGCCUGUUAUUUUAGUAUGCAGGUCAAUUUAUAUAAUUUGACGGUAGUAAGUGGGCACUCAAAGUCGAAACUCACUCCUGAAAACGUAAAAUCAU